CAUCGAUGGCUGCGUUCUGGGCCUAUGAUUAUGCAUGUACACUUCAUGAAGAGUGGACAUUUUUGCUUCAAUCGCACUGGAGCCAUAUGAAAGGCUUGUACAUUGUUACAAGAUACCUUCCCUUUAUCCUUCUCGUCGCAGAUCUAUAUAUGAUCUUUACCCCGAAUGAGAACCUAGUUACAUGCGGGAUGUUGGUCAAUAUUAGCUUAGGGUUCGGCAUUCUAUUAUCUGUUUGCGCCGAGUGGUUUUUCAUCCUCAGGACAUAUGUGCUCUGGGACAGAAAUAAAAUCUUGCUAAUGGCCAUCUUGGGCACCUAUCUCUCGUUUCUCGCAGUAACCAUCGGCAUUGGCAUCGAUGCUAGCAUCUCCGCAGCGUAUGCGACUAGCCCGAUCCCGGGCAUCACAGGGUGCUACCAGAGUUCAGCAAUCAGUGACCGGAUUUUUAUCUCAUUUCUUCUCUUUUCUGUGUUCGAACUGGGGCUGAUGAUCAUCACGCUCAUACAUGCCAUACAGGGCUGCCGGAGAACCCCAUGUCGUCUGUACGUUGUCCUGGUAAACCACAACAUAUUCUAUUAUGCUAGCGCUUUCUUUUUCGCGACAAUGAACAUGUUCACAUCGCUGUUCCUCCAGGACUCCUACCGGACCGUUUUAAAUGGUUUCCAGUUCCUGACCCUUGCGAUUUUUGCCGCGCGCAUGCACAUCCAUCUCUGGCAGACAAACCAUCAUCCACGUUGCUCUGAUAGCAUGAUUCAUUUGUCUGACAUGACAUUUGUGAAUGUCCCGGCGUGAUGUCUUGUCCUGCGGUUUAUUCAGUGUCGUUCAUGGAGUGAGGCUUGGGCUGUACGAGAUGAUUGGUGGGGGUUUGGUAGAGUUCAUUGAGUCUGCCGCGAGUGAUCACACGGUCAUCGAUGCAUAAUUAUGUAUCGUCAUUCAGUACUCAGUACUUAUCCUUUCUGCACACUCUGACCCUGUUUGCAUUCGAUCUCCUGUGCCGUUCGAAUAUUCUAUGUGGAAGCGGGUGGGUCAUUGCACUGGUACACUCAGGCUGGUACAAUUUCACGCUCGCUUCGA